AGGUGCCAUUCAGUUUGUAGUGAGAAUUGCAAUGCCUUUGUUUUGAUAAGCCUCCGUCGGCCAUUCGUGGAAUGAAAUUACCAUUGCAUUUUGUUCUGUGAUCAAUGUUUCGAAUAAGUGACAUCGCUCUGUGAAUGAGCUAGUUCUGCAUAAAAUCAUUAAAUUAUUACAGCAAGAGUGCAAACGAGUUCAAUGCAAAUACGUGGAUCCCUGUAGCAUAUUGUAGUGACGAACCAUCAGCUGAUAGUCCGAACCAUGACCUCUCACAUUUUCUAAAGGUUUCAAACAAUCUCAUUGAGGAAUAGUGUUCCCGGAUCUAAGCUCGAAUUGAACAAAUGAUAAGGAUAGAGGGCGUCGUUCAUUGUUGAGCCAUAUGGCAAAGUUUAGCGGCAUCACAGUUAAACAGAGAUAGUGUCGUACCCAAGUGCAAUAUGCUGCAACUGCCGCCAUCGAGCGAACUUAUCACCAGGUGCAACGUUAUAGAAAUCUAGAUUGACGGAGAGCGAUACCUGUGCGGUGAAAAGACGACGAGAGGGGAGAAUAACGAAACACGGAGAGAAAAAAAAUAUGUUCAACUGUUUCGGUAGACGCUAUGACUAUCGGCCUAUCGAACUUGCAUUUCAGCCGAGUGGUUUCGGCAUCCGUCAUGUGCAGACUAUGCUGCUUUUCUUCGGCCUUACGGUGGCGUACGCCCUACGGGUGAACCUUUCGGUGGCCAUUGUGGCAAUGGUGGACAACAGUGCUAACGAGGACUUUGAGCAGUUCGACUGGGACGAGAAAACGAAAUCGAUUAUCCUGAGCAGCUUUUUCUGGGGUUACGUGGUGACACAGAUUCCCGCGGGACAACUUGCCCAACGGGUGGGCGCAAAAAUUCUGUUGCUGUUCUCGCUCGGCAUAUGUUCCGCACUGGCCGUACUGACACCGGUAAUCGCAAACAGCGGUGGAAGCAAGCUUCUAAUAGUCCUUCGGAUAGUGCAGGGUCUGGCACAAGGAUUCAUCUUCCCUUCGACUCAUACGCUGUUAUCGAAAUGGGCACCGGUACAAGAAAGAGGUCGACUGGGAACAUACUGUUAUGCUGGGGCCCAAUUUGGAACAGUCGUUAUGUUGGCCGCUAGUGGAGUAUUGGCAUCUUCCAGCCUUGGGUGGCCAGGUAUAUUCUACGUAUCGGGCGCUGCUGGACUCAUUUGGACUGUUAUGUGGUUCAUCUUCGGUGGCAACUCUCCGGUUGAACACCGAACGAUAUCCGCAGAGGAACGAGAUUUCAUCGAAACCUCGCUCGGAAAUCAAGAUCACAGUAAAAAGAUUGUGACCCCCUGGAAGGCAAUAUUCACUUCGGCUCCGAUGAUUGCGUUGAUCAUUGCCCAUUGCAGUCAUAACUGGGGCUUCUGGACGCUACUUACAGAAAUGCCAACAUACAUGAAAAACGUCCUUGACCUGGAUAUUAAAAGUAACGCCCUCCUGUCCAGUUUGCCGUAUCUUGUUAUGUGGAUAUUGAGCUUCAUUCUGAGCCCAAUUUCGGACUUCCUUAUCAAUCAACAAUACCUUUCCCGCGUUACCAGCAGGAAGCUGUUCAACACAAUCGGCCUCUGGAUUCCUAUGGGCGCCCUUUUGGGGUUAGCUUUCGUUCCAAAGGGAAACACCGACAUGGCAGUGGCGCUGUUGGUUGUUGCCGUCGGUAUCAACUCAGCUACUUACAUGGGCUUCCAGGUGAACCAUAUCGAUUUGGCACCCAAUCACGCCGGCACCAUGAUGGGUAUAACGAACUGUGCCGCUAACAUUAUGUCAAUUAUCGCCCCACUGAUUGUGGGACAGGUAUUGGAGGAUGCGACUGAUCCCGUACAAUGGAGAACGGUGUUCUACAUAUCCGCUGCAAUUUACUUUUGUGGCAAUCUUAUAUUCAUCAUUUUCGGAAAGGCAGACGUCCAAACUUGGAAUGAGCCUAGGUCAGACAAGAAACAUGAUGAUACCGAAGCUGCUUCGCCCAGUAAUCACAAUACCACCGAUUGAGAAGCUAAUGGGAGGUUCGAUGUUUGCUUGUACGAAUAGAAAUAUUCGAGUCACUAGAAACGUUACUUUGAAGAAUGAAAGUACUUAGUCUAGUCCAAAACUUUAUGUAUAAAAUAUGAAGCCGCAGGAAAUUAUGAUCAUAUACAAGUGUUUAAUUAUGAUAAAAUCGAGUGCUCUUAUCGACGUUGAAACAAAAAUUCAAGGAAUGCCUGUAGCUUCCGAAUGACGCGUGACAGAAUUGUAACUCAAUCCUAUAAAUUGACAAAACGAAAUGGUCAAUUAAACACUAGUACUGAACUUGAAGAUUGUAGUUUAAACAGUAGUACUACAGUAUACUACAACUGAAAGUAACCAACGAUUGAAGGUUGUCGUUAUUUUUGUAAUUGCUAUUCGAAUAAGAGAUUAGAAAAUAUAUAUUUUUAGAAGUAGGUACACAAACAAUAAACACACAGCCUAAUUCGA